AGUCCGUUCUUCGUUCAGAGACCAAGUAGCAACAACAGAAAUUUAAAAAUUUAUAUUUUAAAUUAAAAAUAGUAAAAUGCUAAUACGAAGUGCACUAGCCUUAAAAAUAGGCUUGCUCUGCGUCCUCCUGUUCGUGCACACGUCCGAACCGAGCAACAAUUUGGUGCAUCGACAAUUUAGGUACAAAUACAGCUUUAAGCCCCCAUUUUUGGCGCAAAAGGACGGUUCCGUGCCAUUCUGGACAUAUGGUGGAAAUGCUAUCGCUAGUGGAGAAAUGGUCCGGUUGGCGCCGUCGCUGAAGAGUCAAAAAGGUGCAAUCUGGACGAAGACUCGAACGGAAUUCGAAUGGUGGGAAGUUGAUAUUGUCUUCCGGAUCUCGGGACGUGGCCGUAUUGGAGCUGAUGGCAUGGCGUUCUGGUACACGACGGAACAGGGAGAUUAUCACGGCAACAGUUUCGGUUCUUCCGACACCUGGAACGGUCUUGGUGUCAUUUUUGAUUCGUUCGACAACGAUAACGGCCAUAACAAUCCUUACAUCUCAGCUGUCGUGAAUGACGGCACCCAAACAUUCGACCACCAAAAUGACGGCAAAGCUCAAUUACUGAGUGGAUGUCUCAAGGAUUUCCGUAACAAGCCGUUCCCGACGCGUGCUCGUAUCGAAUACUACCAAAAUGUCUUGACGGUGAUGUUCAACAACGGCAUGACCCAGAACGAGCAAGACUACGAAAUGUGUUUGCGUGUCGAAAAUGUCCAUUUGCCGAAAUUCGGUUACUUUGGAUUGUCUGCCGCCACCGGAGGACUAGCUGACGACCACGAUGUCUACCAUUUCCUCACGACAUCCUUGCAUCCGGCCCAAAUGAAUGUCGAUACGCAAACCGAGGAUCCCAAAUUGACGCAGGAAUACCAAGAGUACCAAAAGAAAUUGGAGCAACAAAAGGAAGAUUACCGCAAGGAGCAUCCCGAAGAAAAGGACGACUUUGAUGACUGGUUCGAAACGGAUAAUCAACGCGAAUACCGUCAAUUGUGGCAAGCGCAAACGACAACGAACGACAUGUUGCGCGAACUUUCACGGAAACUCGAUGAAGUCCUUGGCAAACAAGAACGUACUUUGGGUCUUGUCUCGGCAUCUGCGGGUCAAGGUCAAAUCCAACAUCACCAAGGUCAACAGCAGCAACAGUUCCAACAACCACCCAGUGGCGGAUACACUGUCACGCGGCAAGACAUCGAUGUUCUCAUCUCAAAUCAACAAGCGGUUUCAUCAACAGUUAGUCAAAUUUCGGCGUUAAUUGGUGACUUGCAGCAAAAAACAAACAAUUUAUUGAGCAAGGGAACUGCGACAGUCCAAGCGGGCGGCAGUUACCAAGACGGACCUUUCAUCAAUGAGAUGCGCGAUGGCAUCAAUCAUCUCAAGGUCCAACUUUCGACAAUCGGUCAACAAGCUAUGAAUGCCCAGGCACAGAGAGGUGGCGGCGGCGGUGGUGGAUGUCCCGAUCAGUCAUGCCUAAGCUUAAAAACAUUCUUAAUCGUAAUUGUAGUACAACUUCUUAUCACAUUAGGCUACAACAUCUACAGAGACAACAAAGAGUCACAGGCCAAAAAAUUCUAUUAACUUUUUUUUUCGUCGUUGGAGCUUUGAAAUAAAUGAGAUCUGCAUUUGUGUUGUAAACAUCAAGUUUUUGAAAAAAAAUAUCUAUUAAACGAGCAAGAGAUAAAAAAUAGUGAUUUUAUAAACGAAAUGAAAAAAUACUUAGUGGUUGUUGUUUUUUAAAAAAUAUUAUUAUUAUUUAUACGAAGGUUUUAACCCCGGAUGACGAGAAAAACGAUUCAGGAGACUUAAAUGUUGUUUAUUUUUAUAAAAUAUAAAGGAUUUCCCGCAUAGAAUAUUUGAUACUACAUAUUAUUCCACUCUAUCGCGAUACUACUAAAAUUAAUUUUAGUCUGAUCUACAUGCAAAAAUAAAAAACGAGCAAAAAAUAAAUGAAAAAAAUCAAGCCAAUAAAAAUUUGUAAAUAA